AAAUCAGCUCAAUUCCACCACAACCCAUAACCCAAAAAACACAAAAAAACCACCAAACAAAAUGGUUUCACAAAAAUCUCUCACUCUCUUCUUCCUUCUCCUCAUCUCCUCAUCUCUCCUAGUUCACUCAAGACCCACCUCCACAAAAAAGCCAUGCAAACGCAUAGUCCUCUACUACCACGACACCAUGUUCAAAGGCGACAACACCGCCAACGCCACCGCCUCCAUCAUUGCCAACCCUAAUGGGACCGGGCUCGGUCCCUUCAAGUUUGGCAAGACGGUGGUGUUCGAUGAUCCCAUGACCACCGACAAGUCUUUACGUUCUCCUCCGGUUGCUAGAGCUCAGGGCCUCUAUUUUUAUGACAUGAAGACCACUUUCAAUGCAUGGUUUGCUUAUUCUUUGGUUUUCAAUUCUACUCAGUACAAAGGUACUUUGAAUAUCAUGGGUGCUGAUAUGAUGGAUGAGCCUACUAGGGAUCUUUCGGUGGUCGGAGGUACAGGUGAUUUCUUCAUGGCUAGAGGGAUCGCCACGUUUAUUACCGAUGAGGUUGAAGGUGCUGACUAUUUUCGAGUUGUGAUGGAUUUGAAAUUGUACGAAUGUUAUUAGAGUGAGUUUUUUUUUUUAUGGGUUUUGGUUUAUAAUAAUGUUAUUAUCUCAUGAAUUGAGAAAAUAAUUAAGGAAGUGUUUUGUAUAAUUUAUUUGAACUGCUUAUA